CGGCAUUUAUUCCCGAGGAAGAGAAAAGAGAGGUGCUUUAGUUUUUUUGGGUAUUGUACCAGGAAAGUAUGACAAUGUCUUAGUCAGGGGGGAAUAGUUGAAGAAAGAUAUUGGGCUUUUUGGGCAGAGUUGGAUUCGGAACCCGAAACCUGCCAGGAGUUUAGAGUUUUCAGGAUUUCGUGUGUUUUUACAUUGUUUGUACGAUGGGGGAUGGAUUGUUUACAUAGUGAAGAGGAAAAAAGGAGGUCGUAGAACUUUUUUGUGUUCAGUUCAGAUGGGAAACAAUUGUGUUCAAGCAAAAGGUGCACAAGCACUUGCCGGAGGAAUAUGCAAUCCAGAAUGGUGGUCAAAUUCAACAGUUGGCAUGCUGAAACCAACCAAGACACACAAGAAGAACAUUGAACCUGGCAAUGUUGUUAAUUCUGGAAAGGUUCCUCAUAAGCCUCCCAAGCAAAUGAAGAUGGAGAAGAAGCCAUGCGAGAAGAAAGAGGAGGAGAAACAUGUGGCAGUAGAUCCCGAGAAGGCUCCAAAGUCGCUCGAAGAGAAGAACGCAGAAGCCAAGAUGUCUCAUGAAGAACCACCAAAUAAGGUUGUUAGAGAAAAGAGUCAUUCCCCACCACACAAGCCCAAGAAGGAGCCCAAUCAGAAUCAGGUUCUACAGAAAUUUGCUAUAUCACCACCAUCACAGGAUCAAGCUAAGGUGGCAAUCCAGCAGUCACAACCUCCAUUGGACGUGGCUGAUGUAACAAUGGUCAGGCUACCACUUCAGCCACUGCAAACUCAGGCUCCUCAAGCUCUGGUGGGAAUUCAGUCACAGUCAAAGAAACAGCAACCGAAGUCAAAAACUGUUGAAGCCAAGAAUCCAGGUGGGGAAGUUGCAGGGCUUCAAACUGAUUCAGUGUUGAAAACCAAGACGGGGCACUUGAAGGAGUACUUCAACUUGGGAAGAAAGCUUGGCCAUGGUCAAUUUGGGACCACUUUCUUGUGUGUGGAGAAGGGAACCAAGAAGCACUAUGCUUGCAAAUCCAUUGCAAAGAGGAAGUUGUUGACCAUGGAUGACGUGGAGGAUGUGAGGAGAGAGAUCGAGAUCAUGCAUCAUUUGUCUGGUCACCCUAACAUCAUACGAAUCAAGUCGGCUUAUGAAGAUUCUGUAGCGGUUCAUGUGGUGAUGGAGCUUUGUUCCGGUGGUGAGUUGUUCGAUAGAAUCAUUAAGAGAGGGCAUUAUACAGAAAGGAAAGCUGCAGAGAUCACUAGGACUAUAUUUGGUGUGAUACAGACUUGUCAUUCACUUGGUGUCAUGCAUAGGGAUCUCAAGCCUGAGAAUUUCCUGUUGAUUGAUGAGAAUGAAGAGUCUCCUCUCAAGGCUAUCGAUUUCGGACUAUCUGUCUUCUUCAAACCCGGGCAGGUUUUCAAUGACGUGGUUGGAAGCCCUUACUAUGUUGCACCAGAAGUUUUGAGGAAAAGGUAUGGUCCUGAAGCUGACGUUUGGAGUGCUGGAGUUAUGGUCUACAUUCUCUUGAGUGGGGGGCCUCCAUUUUGGGCAGAAACUGAGGAUGAGAUUUUCCAGGAGGUUUUGCAUGGGGAGUUAGACUUCACCGCAUAUCCAUGGCCUCAUAUUUCAGAUAGUGCGAAAGAGAUAGUGAAAAAAAUGCUUGUUAGGGAUCCAAAGAAGAGGAUAAGCACCCAUGAAGUUCUUUGCCACCCGUGGGUGAGAGAAGAUGGAGUGGCUCCAGACAAGCCUCUUGAUCCAGCUGUGUUGUCACGUUUGAAGCAGUUCUCUGCUAUGAACAAGCUAAAGAAAAUGGCUCUCAGAGUAAUUGCAGAGAAGUUGUCUGAAGAAGAGAUUGCAGGAUUGAGAGAGAUGUUUAAGAUGAUCGACACAGAUAACAGUGAUUCCAUUACCUUUGAGGAACUCAAAGUUGGACUCAAAAAGUUUGGCGCAAACAUUGACGAGUCUGAAAUCUAUGACCUUAUGCAAGCGGCUGAUAUUGACAAUAGUGGAACAAUCGAUUAUGCGGAGUUCGUAGCUGCAACACUGCAUCUGAAUAAAGUUGAGAGGGAAGACCAUCUGUUUGCGGCCUUUUCAUACUUUGACAAGGAUGGGAGUGGCUACAUAACUAUUGAUGAGCUCCAGCAAGCAUGCAAUGAGUUUGGCAUGGAGGAUGUCUGUUUGGAAGAGAUGAUUCGAGAAGUAGAUCAGGAUAAUGAUGGUCGCAUAGAUUACAAUGAGUUUGUUGCAAUGAUGCAAGUGGGCAAUGCUGAGAUCGGUAAGAAGGAGGUGCAAGGUAAAAAUGUAGGGAUUUCAUUUAGGGAGGCAGUGCCAGUUUGCUGAGAGAUGAAGUUUGUUUGUUAUUUUAGUCAAGCUUCUUCUAAUCUACUGAUUCGUUCCUUUUUUUUCAUUUAUAUCUCAUAUUAGGGUUUUGGUUUUGAUUCCAAAUCUCAUUUUGAUAGAUUUAUUUAAACAAUUCACACUUCAUGACACAUGUAAGGUGUUGGUAAUGAUGUGUUGAGAGAUCCCCACACAAGAAAUUUAUUGUUUUUCAAUGUUCUAAUUCAUUUUUUCUUUUUGUCCGGAUUGAUAAUCAUUAAUCGGUCUCUUUUUUAAAUUGAUCUAAAUUUUAAUACAUACCAUUAAGUCUU